AAUGUAAAGGCAAUCUCAUCCUGCUAAGCUCUCUUGCUCCCUUCUAAGUAGCUACUCGAUCUCACUCACAAUCACCCAGAAACCACCAUGGCUCUCAGUCUAAGCUUUUCGUUGCCAGCGUCGGCAACAAGAGCACCGGUGAGCUCCUUCAGGAGACUACCGAGCCGUAUUCCAACGGUGAAAGCCGUAGGAGUGUUCCCGUCUAAGAGAAUUGAUCAUAAGAGGGCCAUUAGAAUUAGACCAUGCUCGGCAUUGGGAGAUCUCACUUCAGCAGUAACAAGUGCAGUUACUGAUACUGCGACCGCAGUUGUUGAUACCGUGGCUGCGGUUGUUGAUACCACAACCACGACAACAACCACAACCGCAACCACAACCCUAACCAGAGCUGAUUUCCCUACUGAUUUCAAGUUUGGUUGCGCCACUUCCGCUUUCCAGACAGAAGGAUCUGGAACUGAAGGAGACAGAGGACCAGCCACAUGGGAUACUUACAUACAAGAUGAGACAUUAAAUGGCACAGAAAUAGCCGUUAAUUCCUACAACCUCUACAAGGACGACGUGCAACUGCUGAAGAAUAUGGGAGUGGAUACAUACAGAUUCUCCAUGUCUUGGUCAAGAAUCCUGCCUGAGGGAACCAUAGACGGUGGAAUAAACCAGGAGGGUAUCGAUUUCUACAACAAUUUCAUCGACGAACUCAUAGCAAAUGGGAUAACUCCAUUUGUGACACUGUUCCACUUCGACUUGCCCACAGCACUGGACACCAAGUACGGCGGUUUCAUAAGCAGUGACAUUGUGGAGGAUUUCAAAGCAUAUGCGGAUUUAUGUUUCAAAACUUUUGGCGAUCGAGUGAAGUACUGGGCUACUAUCAAUGAGCCACAAGUGUGGGGGCAAUUCGGCUUCACUAACCUCACCACAAGUCCAACUUAUGCCACCGAUCCUUUCAUCUCUGCGCAUAACGUCAUAUUAGCCCAUGCUACGGCAGCCAAACUCUACAAGAAUACAUACCAGCCAACACAAGGAGGAGAGAUCGGAAUCCCCUCAGUGGUUGAAUGGUUUGAGCCAUACGAAGACACCCCGCAAGAUAGAGCUGCGGCCCGUAGAGCAUUUGACUUUAAGACAGGAUGGUUUGUGGAGCCCCUAGUAUAUGGUGAUUACCCAUUUAUUAUGAGAGCUUUGGUGGGGGAUGCACUUCCAGAAUUCACAGAUGAGCAGAAAGAGUUGGUAAAGGGCUCAUAUGAUUACAUUGGGGUGAACUACUACACCGCCAGAUUCACGAUUUCUGUGCCAGUAACAAGCAAUGAUGUCUACACCGUGAUGGAUGAUUACCAGCAUGCUACCUUGUCAACGGUAGGAACAGAUGGGGAGUACAUAGGCGAUGCGACACCAGGGAGCACUGAGAUCUUCGUCUAUCCAGAUGGGCUAAGGAAGGGAUUGAUUUUAGUGAAGGAACUUUACAACAAUCCCAAAAUCUACGUUACUGAGAAUGGAUAUCCGGGCGCACGAGAUGACACCAUUGCAGUAGAAGAGGCUUUGAUUGACGAUGCUCGAAUUCAGCACAUCAAGGAUCAUCUCGCCGCUAUCAAAGAUGCCAGAGCUGCGGGAGUAGAUGUCAACAGUUACAUAAUGUGGGCACUGAUGGACUGCCUGGAGAUGGGAUCCCUAUACGCAGUUCGAUUCGGUCUCAACUACACUGAUUAUCUCAAUGACUUGGCCAGAACUCCAAAGAAGUCCGCCGCCUGGCUCAAAGAUUUCUUGGCUUCAACCACUACAACCACUUCCACUUGAUGUGAGCAGCUUUGGAUUCGAAUAACAAGACUCACAUAAGAUCUGAACUUCCUUUCCUGGUGAAAUGGGGAAUAAUAAGUAGCUAUAAGUUAAGAAGUACUUGCGUCCAUGGCACGCCAUGCAUGUGAUGCCUUGCCUUGCAACUUUUAAUGCUUAAAUUUGUCGAUUUUCAGCACGA